AUCCAGUAAACAAUUGCAAAUGUUUUAUUUGGACAUUUUUGGACCGCCGGCUGCAGUUGUGAAAUAAGUCUCGUAUAAAAUAGUAUAUUUUAGCUAACUUUUGCCCAAAAAAGACAAACUGCAAAACAAACCCAUGUUCCAGUUGUUGAAUAAGGAGUAAAAUAAGACUAAAUGGCUAGCAAAAAGUACAGUGACGUGAAUCUUUACGAUCUUCUGGGCAUUUCUCUCGAGUCUGAUCAAAAUGAGAUACGCAAGGCGUACCGCAAGAAGGCCCUCGAGUGCCAUCCCGACAAGAAUCCGGACAAUCCGAAGGCAGUCGAGCGCUUCCAUGAGUUGUCCAAGGCUCUGGAGAUCCUCACGGAUGAAUCCGCGCGCGCAGCUUAUGACAAAGUGCUGAAGGCCAAGAAGGCGGCGGAGCUGAGGAGUCGCCAACUGGACGGGAAGCGGCAGAAGCUGAAGCUGGAACUGGAGGAACGUGAACGGGCGGCACUGCACAAACUGGCGAAGAGCCAACCCUACAGCACGGUGGCCAAAAGCGACGAGGAGGUGCUGCAUGAGCAGAUCGAGCGGUUGCGACGCGAGGGCUCCCGUCUGCUGGAGGAGGAGCAGCGAGCCAUGCAGGAGCAGUUCCGGCGGAAUCACGCGGAGCAACAGAAACUGCAGCAACAGCCGGUCCAGUUUGAUUCCGCCCAGCAUCGCAUCAAGAUGAAGUGGAAGGCCGAACCUGGCCAGGAUUACACACAGCAAGAGCUGCUCAAGUAUCUGAAGAAGUACGGCGACGUGGUGGCCCUGGUGGUCAACAGCAAGCGACGCGGACGCGCCAUGGUGGAGCUGGCCACGCGCGAAGCCUGCGACAUGGUCUUGGCCUACGAAAAAGGCGAUCCCGCCAAGCCGCUGCACUUCGAGUGGGUAACGCCGCCGGCGGCAGACAAGCAGACAACCAAAUCGGCCACCACUGGGUGCAGUGCGUCAUCCACCGACUACGAGGACCUGGUCAUGCGAAAGCUGCGCCAAGCUGAGGAACGUAAGAGACUCAUUGAGCAGAUGAUGAAGGACGAGGAGGGCGAAUGAAAUAAGAUUUAGUUAGGCUCAACAUUUAAUUUACUUUAAUUGGACUAAUAUUAAUGUUUGAAAAUAUCUCAAUUUAGCAACUAUGCAGCUGAUUUAUAAUACAUUUACAUUUAAAAUAGUUUUUAAUUUAUGUAAAUUUGGUUAUUAAUUAUUUUUUGAAAAACCGCAAAAAUAAAAAAAAGUUUAAAUCAG